AACACGUGUGGCGUUAUAUUUUCUACAGUUUAUAUUUUAUAAAUAAACUGUAGAAUAUGCGUAUAGAGACGUGUUAUUUUUGCUCCAGCAAAGUAUACCCCGGCCAUGGGGUUACUUUCGUGCGGAACGACUGCAAGAUAUUCAAAUUCUGUCGUGGAAAAUGCCACAAGGCCUUCAAGCGCAAGAAGAACCCACGCAAGGUCGGCUGGACGAAGGCACAUCGCAAGGCAGCGGGCAAGGAGCUGGCAAUCGAUCCCAGCUUUGAGUUCGAAAAGCGUCGCAAUGUGCCCGUCAAAUACAGCCGCGAAACCUGGCAGCGUUCCCUGGACGCCAUCAAGAAGGUCACCGAGAUCAAGCAGCGGCGUGAAAAUCUGUUCGUCAUGGAGCGCCUGCGACAAGGCCGCAAGGUGGAAAUCGAAAUGGACGUCAAGGAUGUACAACGCAACAUGUCCCUCAUACGCUCACCUGCCGCUGGUCUCAAGGAGCGUCGUGCCAAGGAGGAGGCCGAGGCAGCUGCCUUGAUGGACGAAGACCUGCCCGAGGAGGAGAUCACAUAUGUGGAUGCGCGCGAGUUAGAAAAGAAACUCGAGGAGGGUCUCAGUCCGGAGGACAUGGAAAUGAUAGCUGCUUAGGAAUUAAUACAUAUUUGGCUCUAGAAUUAAGUUACCACCAAGCAAACAAUAAAUACGAUUUAUACGAAAUACAGAAAAAAAGCAACGUA